CUCAUGUGGCCGCUCGGGCUGCACCGGGGAGACCCAGCUUUUACUUACAGUGCUUUGAAUAAUGUGUUUGACUUAGAAGUGAAGUAGCUAGAUUUGAAAGUGUGACUUUGUUUGCCUUUUUUCUUUGACAGCCGUGUGCGUCUUUGCUUGUGUUUGAGACGAAAGUGCGGCUCAGGCUGUGCGCUUUUGGAUUCAGACGAACUUUGUCCACACACGUAGUUUUAAAAGAGCAGCGAGAUGGAAACAUUGGCCAACGCAGCCUUGCUUAGCUUCAGCUGGAGUCUCUUCGACUUCAUGUUUGAAUGUUGUGGUUUUAUCUGACGUGUGUUUUGGAAAGUUAGGGCGGGGGGGGGGUCGAGCGAAAGUGGCUCAACAGGACCGGGUCGGUCUGGUUCAGUGUCACUUGCGGGUCUUCUUCUCCCGUCGUCAAACAAUCUUUACACUGCACUCAAAGUCUUCCCAUCGCCGAGCAAAGUCGACGACUCGUGCGCAUUCACGUGAACCCGAGCGCAGACAUGUUUUGAUAACACGUUCAACAGCAGCGCGGAGAGUUGUGCGCACUUUCGCCGUAUUCUCGAAAAGUUGCUGCGGGCUCGUGCUGGCCCGCUCGCUGGCGCUCUGCCGAAGUUACGCAGCAAACAACUAAUCGCUCCGCUAAAGCCACGUCCCGUUUAAACCCUCGCCGUGGUCUUAAUGUUUGAAGGGUUUGGAAAUAACUCGGCCGGGCCAGUUGAUCUGCAGUGGGGAGUGAAUGUUAAUGGGUUAAACGGGGAUGAGGGGAACAGGAAACCUCGCUGUGCACUGGCAACCUAAUCUGAGCGGCAAGGACGGAAUGUGCUCAACGUCAAACACGUUUACAACUGCAGCUCCCCGUCUGCUCCCACUCAGGCUGCUGCUCCUGCUGCCUCCGACUCCCAGAGAACACACACGGAUCUCUGCUUCAGACCAAACACUCCAUCAGCUCGAGGCUGUCUUGACAUCUGAAGUCGUUUUUUAAAUGCUCUUUUAUGAUCUGUAGUUCCGUCUUUUUGUUGUGUCCUCUAAAAUGAUACUGGACUUUGUUCUAUACCUUGAAAGAACAUGCCUUGAAAAGAAAUCGCAGUUUUGGGGGGGGUAAUAAUGUUACAUGGAUCAUAUGUAAUAACACAGACAUUAACGCCCAAUAACAAGAAGCAAGGCGUCGCUCCGGGAUUCAGUUCACCUCCCUUUACUUCUCUGUGCGAUGGCGCCACCCUCCGAUAAAAAGGAGUCAAGACACGUUGGCUCCAAGGCUUGUUGUGAUUUUAAAUCCUGAGGGCGCGUGGCUUGUGUUAGAGCUGUGUAUGAGCCGGAAGUUCUAAGACUAUUUAUGAUCUUAUAUAAUAAAAAAAAAAGUGAUAUAUUGAUAUACAUUGUCUUUCAGGCUUUAUGACUAUUGCCUCAGUGUAUCAUAUACUUUUUCUCCAAAGAUGUUAGAAAGCCUUAGUUUGUUUUAUUGUGUAUAUAGUAUUAUUUAUUAUUGAAGUUAUGUCACACAAAACACAGAGUUUUGUUCAUAUUGGCUCCAAUAUACUCAAAUUUGUGUCUGAAUAUUACAGUGUGCUAUUAUUUAGCAGUAGAUCCCAUUUAAAGUCACAUGUGAUUCACACUUUGUUAUUUACUUUUCCUCCUGGUUCAGAUUUCGACAGCAUGGCCACAAUGGCAGAUGGCUGUAUCCAAUUCACACGCCACGCAGGUGACGUGCUGCUCAACUUCAACCGGCUCCGCAGCAGGAACAUCCUGACCGACGUCACCAUACAGGUGGACGGACAGCCCUUUCAUGCUCACAAGGCCAUCUUGGUGGCCUGCAGUGGCUUCUUUUAUUCAGUUUUCAUGAACCCAGCGAAUGCAGACCUUAGUGCCAUCAGCUUAGACCCCAAAGUGGACCCCAAGGGUUUCUCCAUCCUGCUGGAUUUCAUGUACUCAUCCUGUCUGAACCUCAAAGACAGCUUGGUCCUGGUCACCAUGAACACAGCCAUCUAUCUCCAGAUGGAACAUGUGGUUGACACUUGCCACAGGUUCAUCAACUCCAGGCAUCACUCUCUUAAUAUGGAGCCUGGAGUGGUGCACACCAACUCAUUACAUCUGGCUGAGGAGAUCCAUGGAUCGAGGUCUGCCGAUGAGAAAGAGCCAGACUUUAGAAACAACCACACAUCAACCAUCUCCCCUUUCCAGGAGUGCCGGGGCACCGUUCCCAAUGUCUUCAGGGGCAUCAACACAUCUGGCUCCUAUCACGUCUAUGGUGACAUCCAAGCCCAUGAUGGGAAGUUUGAAGACCCCCAUAAGAUUACAGCCCUUCCCAGAGGUGUCUCUUUGUCCCAAACACAAUGCUCGCAGGUACCCAACCCCAACAUAGCUCACAGUGAAUCCACCACAAUGCUCUCUCAUCCCGUGCCAUCACACCCCAGUUGCAUCACCAAUAUCAACCAACCAGCAGGAGACCACGUGAGCAAUCGCGGGCCUGCUGCUCCAAUGGAGGAAGAAAACAUUCAGCACCCGCAAACCAGUUGCCUGAGGUUGUGUCCGGGCUUUAGCAAAGGUGUGAUUUGUAGCCCUCAGAGCCCACUCAGAUCUGACUGUCAGCCAAACUCGCCUACCGAGUCCAGCAGCAGCAGAAAUGCAUCCAUGAGCCUCAAACAGCCCUCAGACUACCCAGCAGACACCAAGGCCCGCAACUGGAAGAAGUACAAGUACAUCGUCAUGAACCAAACUCCUGAUGAGAAUGAAAAAGAGUCUCAGGGCGGCAACGCUGAAGCCAUAUCCCUGUCCCCAAUGCUGAGCCCCUGCAGGAGUAUAGGAACAGGUGGAGACAGCGAGGUCCACUCAGACGAGGGAGCCAGUGAGCACAGAGAAGACAUCCCCAAGUCUCAGAGUGUUGACAGCUGCGGCAGCAGCACGUGCAGCAGCAUUAGCCACCGCAGAUGCUCCUCCUGUGGGUGUGACAGCCCUCCACGCAUGGAGAUGGGGCACCUGUCUCCAGACUCAUACAGCAGAGACGAAACUACCAAACUACACAAGUAUUCCUCCUCCAGCUGUGAAAACAACACAUACUUCUGCAAUGGCUGCGACUUCAAGUUCACAGAUGAAGAUUCCCUUAAAGAUCACAUGGUCCAGGUCCACAGUGACAAGCCAUACAAGUGUGACUGCUGCCAGGCCGCCUUCCGUUACAAGGGCAACCUGGCCAGCCACAAGACGGUUCAUACUGGUUCGAAGCCGUACCAUUGCAACAUCUGUGGUGCUCAGUUCAACCGACCAGCCAACCUCAAAACACACACCCGCAUCCACUCUGGAGAAAAGCCAUACAAGUGUGAGACGUGUGGCUCUCGAUUUGUCCAAGUGGCCCAUCUUCGCGCUCAUGUGUUAAUUCACACCGGAGAGAAGCCAUACCCUUGCGAGAUCUGUGGAACACACUUCCGCCAUCUUCAGACACUUAAGAGCCACAUGCGCAUUCACACCGGAGAGAAGCCUUAUCAUUGUGAAAAAUGUGACCUCCACUUCAGACACAAGAGUCAGCUGAGGCUUCACCUCCGACAGAAGCACGGGGCAGUCACCAACACCAAGGCUCAGUAUCGCAGGACUCCCAGCAACAUCGCCACAGGCCUGUCGACCUCCUGCUGAGUGUGCCGCAGUCCUCCUAUCUGUCUUUUCUUUCCCCCCCCCAUUUUACAUAGGCCACCAUGUUGUCAAAAGAGUUUCUGUUUUUUUCCGAGACAGAAACAUAAACACGUAUGCAUUUGUAAAUGAUGCAUAUGACUUUGUGUAAGCUCUUCAGUAUUUGGUAGCUCUUAGUUCAAGAUUGUAGAAGUCCAUGCUUCAGUUGUGAAUGUGUAAAAGCAGAGUGUACAUUUUUGAAUGUGAUUCUGAGCAGGUGUUUCUCUAUUUUACAAAUUACGUAACUGAAUGUCAGCAUCGAAGGACAGUCCUCUUUGUCAUUCGGAUUGAGAAUCACUGUUACAGUUCUGCUUUCGAUUACGGUAUGAAACUCCCCAAAUAAUGUGGUCAAAGUUCAUGUCUAUUUUUGUAAAUAAGAUAAUAUAUAUUUCCAUAUUGCCAUCUGCUGGCAGAGUACGAAUAUAUUGAGUUUGUAUCACGCGCAGUGAGCUUCGCUGAAUUGACAACACGAGGGCUUGUUAUUUUGCCAUUUCCCAGUUUGCGCUACAUGUUUUUCAUGCACAGAUUGACGUUCAUUUGAAAAAUUGCUUUGUACAUAUUUUUUUCUCAUUAUUUUUAGGCUUUUGUUCAUAUUUUGCACAUACUCAUAAUGCUGUGAUUCAUAUAUUUUCAUACUUAAAUAUUUCUACUUUAAAUGUUGACCCAUUGAAAUUGUUCGUUCAAACCCCAAUGUCCAGCACCUGCUAAAUUCUUAUUUAUAGUCUAUUGUUUUUUUUUUCUUUACUUAAUUCAUUUUGGUGCUGCAAUGAUCCACGGUGCCACAGGAUCAUUAAAGUCAGGUUGUAUUCAUCUAACCCUAUGUUUUAUAGUGCACCUAUAUGUAUCAGUGUAUUCAUAGUGCCUUACAUUCACUCUUUUCUAUUGUCUGACUAGUUAUUUAGACAUUUUAAGUUUGGUAAUACAAAAGAUAUAAGCUGCUUUUUUGAUGUUGCAUUUGGUACUUUGCCCUGUCAUUGUUUGUAUGCAUGUCAGGUACUAAUGUUAUGAAAUCUGACAAUCUGUUGUGUAUCGUUCAUAAGGUGCAGAUACGCUCAAGCUAAACCGCUCAGGAAUAUUAGUAAUAUGUAAGCAAAUGUCUUUGCAACUGCAAUUUACAUACAUGUGUAUGUGUGUACAAUAUAUAUGUAUAUAUAUAUAUACAUAUAUAUAUUUAAAAAAUGAAAAAUAAACGUUUAUUAUGUA